GAAUUCUGAAAACAUAUCUAAAUUCAGUAUCAUGUCACUUAGGUAUCGGUCAGGCCACUUUUUUGAAAUUGUGAUUCCUUCAACGCAAAAAUUUAUUUUGAAAAAAUUUAAAUUAUUCAAAAUUGUAAACUGUACUUAAGAGUAAAAAAAAAAUCAAAAAUUCAAAAAAAUGGCCUGACCGAUACCUAAGUGACAUGAUGCUGAAUUCAGAUAUGUUUUCAGAAUUCUUAUCGCAUCAGUAGUUUCGUCGUACUGAUGGAACAAAAACGGGUUGUUUUUGACUAAAAAGCGAUGACUGAUGAAAAAAAUGCGAUAUCUAAAAGAGUGAAUAGUGUAUUAGAAACACAUCUAGAAAAAGAAAAGGAUGCAUUGGAAGCAUUAAAAGAGAUAUCCGAAUUUCAUACAGAAAAUACAUUAGAAUGUAGAAGAAGUCUAAGAACAAAAAUAGAAAAAAGAAGUUUAGCUUUAAAUGAAGAUUUUUUAUUAGCUUUAGAAAAAGUGAAAAAUGCUGUAAAUGCAUUACACGAAAAUGUUAGCUCUAUGAAUUCUUCGGUUAUGAAUAUUUCCAUUCAAUUAAAAGAAACUAAAGCUGAAACUGAAUAUUUGAUUGAACUCACUAAACAAUUGCAAACUGAAAGAAAAAAUAUAUUAAGUCAAAAAAUUCUAGUUGAUACAUAUUCUAAAGCAUUUCAAUUAACUCCAAAUGAAAUUAAUUGUCUUCGAAAUAAUGAUGUCACUCAAGAAUUUUUUAAUGCUUUACACAAAACCCAAAUUAUUAGCACUAAUUGUCGGACACUCAUGCAAGCGGGUCACCAAACAUCUGCAUUAAGUCUUAUGGAACAGAUAUCUGGUUAUCAACAUCUUGCUAUGGAGAGACUGUAUAGAUGGUGUCAAUUACAUUGCAGAGACAAAGAAUCUAAUUCUAAUGGUCCCUUACUUGUGAGUGCUAUGGAAGUACUGCAAGAUCGGCCUGUGUUAUUUAAGUAUGUAUUAGAAGAAUAUUGUACAGUCAGACAAGCAAUUGUUGCUCAAAUGUUUAUUGAUGCUCUAACAGUUAAUAGUUCUAAUGAUGUAUCCUUAAAAACUUUUAGUAAAGAUGUAAGAUUAUAUGUUAAUAAUAUGUUGUCUUGGUUAAUUGAUUAUAUACCAAAAGAGAGAAAAUAUUUGACGUAUCUAUUGAAAAACUGUGAUAAAAUGAAUGUAGAUGAAGAAAUAGCAACAUGUAUGAGUAGUGUUACUGAAGGAUUAUGUAGUCCACUUUCUUCGCGUAUAGAAAAUGUAUUACACAUGAAUGAAAAUCCUUUGGAUUUAUACAGUGUUGCAAGUUCAUUGAAAUUCUAUCUUCAAAUUGUUAUUAAAACUGUACCAGCUGGACAAUUGUGUCAAACCAUAACUGAAUUGCAUAAAACUAUGGAAUGUGUUUUUUUAAAUAAACUACAAAACUUAGUUCGAGACACUCUCUUAGAACGUAUUGAAGCCCCUCCUUCUGACUUAUCGCCAUCACCUGGUAUUGGUUACCUCCUAAGUAUCUUAAGACAAGUUUUGUCAGUAGCUGCAGUUACAGAAGAUAAACAUGAUGAUAUAUCUAUGAUAUCAUCUUGUGUUUUGGAUCCAUUAUUACAAGCUAUCAAUUUAAGUGCUUCAAGACUUUCUCCUUUAGAUAUGGCUGUAUAUAAAUUAAAUUGUUUGAAUGACAUACAUGAAACUUUAGUUCUAUAUCAAUUCAUUGAUGAUAAAUUACAACAUUUACAAACACAUAUGAAUGAGCAAUUAGAAACAGCAUCUAUUGAGCAAAUAAAAUAUUUAGUCAUUCAUUUAAAUCUGGAGGAAAUUCAAACAGCCCUUAAAGCUCAAGAAUCUAAUAUUCCAAUGUCCCAAAUCCAAGGAAUGGAAGCAGAAAAUUUAAUAAAUUUUUUGACCAAAAUUGAAACUAUGUUAGUUAUGCCAGAUACAUUGUCAGUACCACAAAUGGGAUAUCUAAAAAACACUCAACACCUAAAGAAUGUUAGGCGAAAAUCAAAUGAAGUUAUUUCAGCUGUCUAUAAGCAGAUUUAUGAUCAUGUUCACAACCCAAAUAAUGAAUAUGAAAAUCCUUCUACAUUAAUGCCAAGAACACCUGAACUUGUUCAUCAAAUAUUGGUCAAUGAUGAAAAAUCACAUCUAACAAGCACAUAGAUUAUUAAAGUUUCACAAUAAAAAUUAUUACUGAAAUAUUUUUUAUUUUAAAAGUUACAAAUUAUACACAAUUAUUUAUUUUUAACAA